GUUGCGGUGGUGUGACAGCAUCUCGCUCUCUGCAGGCCUCCGGGCUGGUCAGUUUUGGGGUCUUUCUCACUCUGGUGGUCUUCACUCAAGGCCAAGCCAUCAGCUCCCAAGGUGAGAAGAUGGGGUGCGGCGCGGAGGCCGUGCCGGUGGACUGCCAGGAUGUCUAUGAGACAGGCGAGACGGAGGAUGGUGUGUACCUCAUCUACCCUGCAGGUGCCAGCCACCCCCUGCCCGUCUACUGCGACAUGACCACCGACAACGGCGUCUGGACGGUUUUCCAGAAGAGGUUCAAUGGCUCCGUCAGCUUCUUCCGGGGCUGGAACGACUAUCGCUUUGGGUUCGGGAGAGCCGACGGCGAGUACUGGCUGGGGCUGCAGAACAUCCACCACCUGACGCUGAAGAACCGCUACGAGCUGCGCGUGGACCUGGAGGACUUUGAGAACAACACGGUCUCGGCCAAGUACUCAGAGUUCGCCCUGUCACCCAACGCCAUCAGCGCCGAGGAGGACGGCUACUCCCUGCACGUGGCCGGCUUCACUGACGGCGGAGCCGGCGACUCGCUGACUUACCACGCGGGCCAGCGGUUCUCGACCUUCGACCGGGACCAGGACCUUUAUGUGCAGAACUGCGCUGCACUCUCAUCCGGAGCCUGGUGGUUCCGCAGCUGCCACUUCUCGCACCUCAACGGCGUCUACCUGGGCGGCCCCCACCUCUCGCCUGCCCACGGCCUGCACUGGGCCGCCUGGAAGGGCUUCCAGUACUCACUGCGCCGCAGCCAGAUGCAGCUCCGCCGCCUCUGAGCCCCCCCCCCGCCCGGAUCGGGCCCCCGAGAGUCCCCCUGGUCCCAGGAUCAGGCCCCCUUGAUUCCUCCUCUUCCAGGACCAGGCCCCUUUGACUUCCCCCAGUCCCAGGAUCACACCUUCUUUAUACCCCCAGCCCAGGAUCAGGCCCCCUUAACCGCCCCCCCAUAUUCCAGGAUUGGGCCCCUUUGACUUCCCCCAGCCCUGGGAUUACACCCCCUUGGCCCCCAGCCCAGGAUUGAGGCCCCUUGACUCCACCUGUUCCAGGAUCAGGCCCCCUUAAACCUACCCCAUUCUAGGAUUGGGUCCCCUUGACUUCCCCCAGCCCCAGGAUCAGGCCCCUUUGACUCCCAGCCCAGGAUUGGGCCCCCUUGACCCCCCUCCCUUGCAGGAUUGCACUCCCCUGAACCACCCCAGCACCAGUGUCACGUCCCCUUGAACCCUCCAUGUUCCAGAAUCAGGUCCCCUUUUACCACUGCCCCUUCCCAGUCCAGGAUCAGGCCUGCUUGACCCCCCUCAUUCCAGGAUCAGGCCCCCUUAAUUCCCCCCACCCCCUGUCCCAUGACCAUGAUCCCACCCACCAAUGCAGGAUCAGGUCCCCUUAAAUGCUCUGGUCCAGGGUCAGGGACCCUGGACCCCGCCCCUUAGCUCCACCCACUAGGAUCCGGACCCGUUGACCUCCCCCUGCCCCCCUGGCCCAGAAUUGGGUCCCUUCAUGACCUAAGACCAGGCACCCCCUUGACCCCAGCCCCAGGAUUGGGGUCUCUUUGCCCUCCCAAACCCCCUCUCUGAGCCCUUCAGUCCAGGAUUGGGCCCAUUCAUGGCCCAGGAUCAGGGCCCUUCUGACCCCACUCCCUUAACAACCCCCCCUCCCUGGAUCGAGACUCCUCUUAGCCUGCCUUCUACCCCCAGGAUCAGCCCCCCACCAAGGCCCAGAAUCGAGCCCCUCCCCCCAAUAAACACUGCUCCCUUCCCA